AUGGACAUGACAUUUCUUUCGCCAGUCCGUCAACCUCGCAUCCAUUCCAUCCGCCGUGCCACCAGUUCAGCUGCAGGCUGCUUGAACAUUGGGAAGACAGUUCUUGAUACCCAGGAGAGGCCUACUGCUAUUUUUCUUUUGCCGUCUUCCGUGUCAUUUCCUCAUCUUCCAGGCUCCCUCACGCCGACCAGGCGGGGCAGCCAUCACCACCAUCAUCACCAUCGCGGGGUCAUUUCAGUCACACAGCAGCAGCAGCAGCAGCAGCAGCAGCAGCAACCUUGGGCAACCAUAGCCAUGGCCGUCGCCCAACCAUCAACAGCGACGCCGCAGGGCUUGGCCGCCAAGGUGGCAGCCGGCUCGUACGUCGAGGUGCUUUCGUCCGAGCCGGCCAAGACCCUCAUCAAGGCCUUCACCCAGUCCCUCAAGACGGCGACGCCGCACGCCGAGCCAGCCGCCCACACCGACGAGCAGGACUCCCUGACCAUCGCCGUCGCCGCCCUCACCGACGAGCAGGAAUCCCUGACCAUCGCCGUCGCCGCCCUCAACGCUUUUCUGCAGUCCAACGUCACAGGCCCCGUUCUCGAGAACGCGAAGCCUGUGACGGCCCUCUUCGUCGCCGGCCACGGGGACGUCAAGACGCUGCGCAGGGCCUGUCUCGUCGACCUCCAAGUCGACGGCGUGGCCCCCUACGCCCAUAUUCCGCACAUUGAGCUCUUUGCCUUUGCGCGCCGCGUCGUUGCUGCCGCUGUCACGACGCUGUCCGAGACGGCGCCGCUCGCGCUCGACGCCGCCACGACCAUCUCCCUCGCGUGGCUGCGCCUGCGCCUCGCCGUCUGGCACUACCGCCUCCUGGCCCAGCCGUCGCUAUCUGGCGCGUCCUUUGCCAAGACGUCGCAGUGGAUCGACGUGCCUUCCCUCGCCGAGACGGUUACGGCGUCGCUGGGGCGCGUGCGCCAACAGCUGUUUGGCGACGGCCACGAUGACGAUGUCUGGGCGCUCGCUGCCGCCGAGGACGUGGCGUGGGGACGUCAGGACAAGGUACAGUUCCUGCUCGAGGCGGCGAAUGCGUGGAUCAUGCUGGGGCGCGACGACAAGGCGCGUGAGGCCCUGGCCGAGGCGACCAGGCUCAACAGGUUCGAGUUUGCGCUCUCGGGUGCCCUGGGCAAGAGGACGCGGUUCCAGGAGAAGAGCAUCAGUCAGCUUGUCGUGCUGGCGCGCAGUGCCGCGCACGAGGCCGAGGCCACGGUGGUCGCUGACGAGGACGACGCAGAUGUCGAGGCCAAGCCCGAUGCCCUCGCUCUCAACGACGACACGCUGCUGGAGACGAUUGACUUUUCCGAGGGCCGUGACGGGGAUGCCGCCAAGUCCGCCACGCUGCCCGCUGCGCUCGUCGAUAUCAAGCCUGAUGACCAGCCGCAGCUCGCGCCCCUCGACCAGAUCAUCUUGUUGACCGAGGCGACGCUCAAGGAUUCCUUCUCGCCCGUCGACACGCUGACGUCGGAGGAGGUGCUGCCGUAUGCCGUGCGCGUCGUCUCGGAGAAGUCGACCAACUGGCAGAUUUACACGCAGGCGCUGCUCGUGCGGUCGAGGAUCGAGAUGCACAGGAGUCGCACCAUCGAGCGGGGCGUGCUGCAGAUGCAGGCUGUUGUCGACCAGGUCGUCGUUGACACGGAGCAGCCUGCCGAGGCCGAGGCCGAGGAGAAGGAGGAGAACAAGGACGACGCAGACGUGCCAGCGAUCGCCGUCACGGCGCCUGACCAAGCACCCGAGCAGCCCGACGCUGACAAGCCGACGACCUUCUUCCGCGCCGCUGAAGCCACCGACUCGGCGCCCGCCCAUGUUCGCCUGCAGUACAUCCACGCGCUCGCGUCUCCGCCACGCUGGCACCUCGAGUCCGAGCUCGCCUACUCGUGGGCUCACGUCGGCUCCCUUGUGUCUGGCCCUCGAGAUCUUCAAGCGUCUCCGCCCUCUGGGCCGAGCCCUGCCGUGCCCAACGCGCCGCGCCUGUUCUGCAUCCUCGGCGACCUCGAGCAGGACCCGAGCCACUACCUGCGCGCCUGGGAGAUUUCGAACCACCGCUUCGCCCGCGCCCAAAAGUCACUCGGCGAGUACCACCUCGCGAAGAAGGACCUGCCCGCCGCCCGCGAAGCCUACGCACUGGCCGUCGGCAGCAACCGCCUGAGCCCCGAGCUCUGGUCCCGCCUCGGCGACAUUGACCUCCGCCUCGGCCGCCCCGGCGACGCCGCCGAAGCCUACCGCCGCGCCAUUGCUGCGGCAGGCGACCCCAUUGGCGGCGAGGACGCCCGCACCUGGAGCAACCUCGGCUCGGCGCUGUGGUCCCAGUACCUGCAGGUGAUUGACGACCUGCGCGCCGAGCUCAAGGACGCCAAGCUCGAGGACGCACCCGCUGCCGUCCUCGCCGACGACGAAGAAGGCGACGCGACGGCCGCGACAAAGGAGAGCAAGAAGACGCAACAGGACCCCGAGGUCAUCCUCGCGCAGUCCCUUGCCGCCUACAAGCGCGGCGCGACGCUGUCGCAGGACAACUGGCGCAUCUGGGACAACGUCCUCACGCUCGCGACGCGCUCGCACCCGCCCGCCUACACCGACGUGCUGCACGCGCUGCGCGCCCUCGUGCGCAUCCGCGCCUCCGAGACGGCCCUCGACGCGGCCGUCCUGCGCGCCCUCGUCCAGGACGCGCUCAUCGCGCAGCCCAAGCAGGACAGCGACGGCAGCGGCAGCAGUGGCACGGGCCGGCGUCUACGAGCCUCCGCGCGGCACCCUGGCGCGGGCGUCGCCUUCUUCCUCGAGGAUGCCGUCGUGCCGCUGAUCACGACGCGUUCGGAGCUGUGGGAGAUUGUGGCGCGCGUGCGGGCGUGGCGGCGCGAUUACAAGGGCGCCGUCGACGCCGCGGAGAAGGGCUGGAGGACGGCCAUGGGGAGCGCCUCGGCGCUGGGCGCCAGCGACGGGGGCACGACGAAGAGCUGGCUCGAGGACGACGAGGCCUGGGGCGAGGUCGUGGCGCGCACGGACGAGCUCGUCGGCGUGCUGGAGAACUAUGGCGCCUUGGCGGAGGGCGUGGGCGAGCGGUGGAGGGGCAAGGCGAGGAGCGCGGUGCGGAGCGUCAUGGGCAAGGCCAAGACGGCGUGGGAGGGGAGUGAGGGGUGGAAGGUGCUCGAGAGGCUGGCGGAGGGGUUGGCAUAG